GAGUCUACACAAGCCUUGUGAGGAAAGGUGAUAUGUCUUGGACUGUAGGACCAAUAAUCAGGCAGCUGUUUUAGUUACACUGGAUUGCUGGACAGCGCAAAGGAGUUCCUGAACACCUUACCUUGGGUAGAGAUGUGUGUUCCUCUGUUCCUUAUGUCCAAGUAGCAGAGAAAGUGAGAAGGAAGAGGAGGGAGGAUCCAUGUCCUUCUGUUCAGACUUGUUUGGGAAUUUGAGGAGGGAGGAGGGGAAGGAACCCUGAGAGAGUGGAACGCGGAGAAAAACUUCUGUCAGUGGUGUAAACAUUUGGAGCUUAUAUUUUAGAAGAACAGAAUGAGCUAAGAAAGACGUAGGUCAAUUGAGAUUAUCAGUAAAACAUUUAUCUCACUCUCCACACUGAUCCACUCAGUGAGCACGCGCAGGUAUGUGGAACGUUUGUGUGUUGUGCAAUUCCUGUUAGUUCUUCGGCAAGAGAGGGAGAGUGGGAGAAGGAGAACGCUGUCUUCUCCAAAGACACUGCUCAGGUUGUCUAAAUUAUGUUGCCAUGGGAACCAAACGCACAAAUCGGACCAUCGAGGAUUCUUUACGACUGCCACGCAGCCCAGCUACUCCUGACAGGGGCAAUCAAUCAAAUGAGUGGAUAAGUUGUGAGGCCAGACCUCAAGCUGGUCCAAAAAUCCAAGUUGAAAGAGAGAGGGGAGGGGAAGAGUGGAGAGCUAGAGAGAUGGACAGAAUACGGGGCAGACCAAGAGAGGGAAGGAGGGAUGUGGAGCAAGACCAGAGAGAAAGGGAGAGAUUUGCUCAAUUCAAAGGUAGAGCAGAUGAGAUGGACUUGAGAGAAAGGGACCGAAGGAGAGAGGAAGGCAGAUAUACAAAUGGAAGAGCUGCAACUAUACAACAGCAUGAACAGUACAGAGAAAGAGAGAAGGGAGACACUUUCCCUAGGACUGUGAGACAAAGCAAUGAAAGAGAAAGAAGACCAAGAUAUUCUGUUGAUCAGAGUAGUGAGAAAUUGAUGGAGAGAGGUAUUGGAAGGUUGAGGGAAGUAGACAUGACUGAAAUUGAAAGAGAGAGAGGAAGAGAACGAGCCAAAAAGAUGGACAAAAAUACCCAGAAGUACAGAGAAAUGGAAAGGCAGAGAGAGAAUGAGAGAAGAAGAUUAAGGGAAGAGAUGAAAAGAAAUGCAGAAAGAAGAUUAGAGGAGGAAGAUUUAGACAGAAUAAGGUGGGACCCUGGUAAGAGGGAGCGAAGAGGAGAGAGACACAGAGAGGUCAGUGACAAUGAUCAACAGAUCUUAAGAAGACGAGAAAAAGACCGGGAUCGAGUCAGACCCAGAGACAGAGAAGACCGGUUUUAUUCCCCACAAACAAGGAAAAUUACAGUGGGAGAUAGAGAGAACUUUUCAGACAGAGAGGAGAGAGAUGAAAGGAGGAGGGCAUUGCGGAACGAGAGACACAGAUACACAAAGAGUGAGGGAGAUACGGAUGGGGAAAAAGAGAGAGAGAUAACAAGAGAGGAGGAUGCUGUGACUCUCAGACUUGAUGGCAGAGGUGAGGUAGACAGUGAAAAAGAAAGAACAGGGAACAAAUUCAGAGAAAGAGAGAGGCGUAGAGAGGUGGAAAGGAAGAAGGAAAGAGAUAGAAGAAAGGAGAAAGAAACAGCCCUGCAAUUUAUUGGGAGAGAAGGCAAUAAAGAAAGGACGAUGGAGAGAUACAGAGAGAGAGAUGUGAGAGAGAGAGAUUGGGCCAGACAGGAGAGAGGACCUGAUGGACAGAGGGAUCGAUUAAGGGGCACUGAAGAUAGAAGAAGAGAGAAAGAAUUAAAUGAAAGAAUGAGGAGAGAGCAUGAGAGAGAGAGAGCACGCAUACCUCCUGCAGAGAAAGAGAUGGACAUAUCUGAGGAAUGGGCAGACAGGCAGAGACGAAGCUGUUAUGAGGAAGAAACAACAGGAAGAAGUAGCCAAACGUGGAGACAGACAGACAGGAAGAUUCAUGAGGAAGCCCAGAGCAGCAGCGAGUGGGUGCCAGGAAGUGAUGUAGAGCGUGACCAUCGAAGGAGAAGACUUAAAGACAGCUUUGAAGAGAGAGAGAGAAAGAGCACUUCUGAGAGUGAUGGGGAGAAAAAGAGAAGUGAGGAAGGACAGGAUACAGCAUGGGGGCUAAGGAAAGAAGAGGUAAGAGAAGGCGCUGAAAAAGAGGAAAUGGAGACAGAGAGAGAGAAAGAAAGAGAAAAAUCUGAGAGCAAAAAGAGACCACACAGGAAAAUGUGGCUGGAGCCUCGAUCAGGAAGAGAGAGGACAGAGUCAUUACAGGAAGACUUUAAAGAGAGAGAGCAAGCCAGGGAGAGAUAUGCACAGAGAUACAAAGAGCAAAAGACAUCAAGAAGUGAAGAAGAAAUGUCCAUAGAAAGGAAGAAUGAAGAAGUAACAAUAGUGCUGGAAGACAGGCAUAUGGAACAAGAUAGCACCGCAGAGUUUAUGAUGGAUGUUGAUACUGAGAAUUUGGAACAAAGGAUUACAAGUGAUGAGAUGGUCUUUGAUAGUGAAGCUUGGUUAGAUGUACCCUGGCAGACUGAGGCAGAAAAUAUGGCUGAUAAAAUGGAGGGGAGUGACAGAGAGGAGGAACAAGGGAGCGAUAGAAAUGUUAACUCUGAGGGUGAAGAAGGAAGUGAGGGAGCGUGGAAUGAAUGGAGGGACAAAGUGACAUCAGGAGAUGAUGGUUUUGUGACUGUGUCCAGUGGUGCGGAAGAGGAUGAGACAGAGGAGGACAGGUUUGAGGAUUGUACAGAAUUCUGGGAUGGCGGAGAUAGAGAGGGUCUAGAUAGGCAGUCACCCACAAGCACCCACCAAAGAGAGGGAGAGAUUGAAACCAGAAUGACCAAAGAGAGAAGUGACCAUACAGUCACUGUCUUUUGUGUGGUUGGUCAAACUCUUCCCAGGUCAGGAUCCAACCAAAACCCACUCUUGGAUCACAUGGAGCAGGAGGAGACCAGUCAGGACUCAUCUUGGGAAAUGGGUGGUGUUGGUGGUGAUCAGGAUGAAGUACCAAGUGGAGACACAGAGGCAGAAAGCACGAGCACAGACCAUGGCCUCGGUUUGUCUGAAGAGGACAUGUCAAGCAGCCAUGACACUAAAUGCAUUAAUGCAGAAUCUGACCAAAUGACCAAGGAAGUUACCCCAUCAGAGGACUUAGUAAUUAGUGGUGAGGUAAUUGCAGAAAAAGACACUGAACCACACCCCACAGAAUCUAUUGAGACAUUGACCCAGAUUGAGGAUCAUGAGAAUGCUCAGAUGAAAAUGACAGAUGGAGAAAACCAAGUGGAAGGACAAAAUGAAAUGGAAAAUAGUUGCCAUUUAAAGGAGACAGACGGUCCGGAGAAUAGAAAGCGCUUCUCUGCUGCUCCACAUGUCAAAUGGGCUAAGAAUGUACUCAGUGAGAUCUUGGGUUCUACUGAGGAAGGGACCCUUAUCGUACCUGGACCAAGCACACUUACUGAGCAGACAGGUGAGACUGAGGCUGAGACUGAAAGUCAGGGAGACUCACCCCUCUAUGGCAAUGUCCAGAAACCCCGCAAGCACAACCAUGACAGAAAAUGCAUAGACCCUGAGUUACAGCAUUUCAAACCAGAGGACACGAAGACAGACAUACUGGUAGGAAAGGAAAUUUUCUUACAGGUAGAGGGGCAGUCGGAGGGAGAAGAAGAACUGGAGCUACUCUCUGCCAGUCCAGACCUGCAGAGUCUCUCCUCCGAUAAUGAGACAGAUAAGGAGGGAAGCACUAACAAAGAGAAGAAACAGAAGAAAAAGGCAAUGUGGACAAUUCUAGGAUCUAACAGCUUCCGAGAAUUGGGGAAUGAAGUUUGGGGAAGGAGGGCUGGGAUCCGAAGGACAUUGCAAAAGCAGAAUGAAGAGGAAGAGGAGGGAGAAGGAAUUGGAAGGGACCGCAGAACCCGAGUCUUCACAACAGAUAAUGAAUAUGAUAGUCUGAGUUUCUCCUGGAGUGAAUUAGAUCUGAGGUCUGUUAAAGAGACACUUAGAAGGACAAAAAUGAGGACCUCGAAAUUUUACAAUUCCCAGUUGUAUCAGCAGUACAACGAGGUGGUCCAGAACAGGGAGCUCAUUCAUCAGUCUCAUUCUGAUGCUAGCUCUGUGUUUGGAGAAGUCCAUACUUUGUCAGCAUCCUCAUCUCCGUCUCAUUCUCCUACUCUGGCUCGCCGGCCCCUCCCAGCUCUUCCUCCUGUGCUCCACCCCCAUUCCAUAUCUCCGUCUCCAAACUCUGUCUCCAGUGGGAGUGGGUCAUUGGCCGUACCUCAUGACACUCGUCAGAGGCCCACAUCACCUCGGCUGUCCAGGUCGUUCGCCUCCUCGCCCAUGCUGUGGCAGGAACUGCCCGGAGUGAGGAACAACCCUGAUCUCAAACACCUCAGCGAGGAUGAGAGACGCCUACAGGAGGUGAGAUUUGAAGUGGUGACAUCUGAGUCAUCAUACUGUAGCAGUCUGGAUAUUGUAGUGGAGCACUUUGUCAAGUGCAAACAGCUCAAUGUGCUCUUGACUACUCAAGACAAAAACUGGCUUUUUUCUAAACUCAGUGAUGUCAGAGCCGUCAGUCACAGCUUCUUUUCCCAGCUAGAGGAAAGAGUGGAGAGUGACAUAAUGCACUUUACCGUGUGUGACAUCAUCAUCAAACACUGUCCACGAUUCCGAUCAGUCUAUGUACCCUACCUCACCAACCAGUCAUACCAAGACAAGACAUAUCAAAGAUUAAUGAAUGAGAAUACUGGAUUUCGCCACAUAGUGGAAAAGUUGGAGCAAAGCCCCAAGUGCCAGAGACUUCCUUUACGCUCUUUCCUUAUCCUCCCUUUCCAGAGAAUCACUCGGCUUAAACUGCUAGUACAGAAUAUCGUAAAAAGAACGGCUCCUAAGACAGUGGAUGAGGCACAAGCAAUUAAAGCCAUGAAAUUACUGGAGAAGAUGAUUCAAGACAGUAACGACAGUAUAUCUCAGAUGAAGAACAUUGAAUCACUGGUGUCCCUCAAUGCGAAAGUGGACUUUGAGUGCAAGACUCUGCCACUGAUCAGUCAGUCACGAAGGCUGGUGAAAGAGGGUCCAGUCACAGAGCUAAGAGACUUCACAGUAAAGGAGAAAGAGAGAAGUGCCUAUAUACACCUCUUCAACGACUACUUGCUUCUCUCAUUACCCAAAGAAGGUAGUCGGUUUACAGUGAUUGAUCACGCUCCUGUAUCAGAUCUGAGAGCUGAAAACUGCAGAGUCAAGCUUCAUUCACUACAGAAGAACCUCUUUCUCCUGCACAUGGCACAUAGAGCCCUGCUACUACGAGCAGAAACACAGGCUGAUAAACUGCGUUGGAUCUCUGCACUGUCUCGCCCUCAUCCUGAAAUUGACUUCAAUGCCGCACAGGACAUUCCACAGAUGCAGUGUAUUAGAGCAUUCAUAGCCCAGCAACCUGAUGAGCUCAGCCUGGAGAAAGCUGACGUCCUGCUGGUUCAUCAGCAGAGCAGUGAUGGCUGGGUGGAGGGAACACGUCUAUCAGACAGACUUCGCGGAUGGGUUCCUGAGUCUCACCUGGAAAUAAUAGUGAGUGAAAAAGCUCGUCAGCGCAACCUGAUAGACACGCUGAAGAUUACAACUGCAACAGCCACAGUGUGAAACAUUUGCAAGCAUCUCAUUUGGAGCUGCUGUGUCUUACAUCUCCACUCAACAAUCUGAAGCGGUCAAAGACUCUUCUUGUUUAACUCUUCAAGAGCCAUGAUAACCACUCCUAGGACACUAGAUCAGGGAUCUUCAACAUGUUAUAAGCUUUACAUUGCAUUAAGGUAUUACUGGUUCCUUGAUUGUGAACUAUUACUUAGGAGAACUUGGGAGUCUGCAGUAAAUAGCCGACUCUUUCAAUAAGACCGUAUAGAUUUUUAUAGGCAACAUUUCUAUACCCCUGAUGCUUGACUGCUAGGGAUAAAAUGUGUCCAUGGUGUCUGAAACACAGAGGUCAUGGGACACAGUGUACAUGUUUCGCUUGUACAGAAAAUGGCGUAUGUUUAUAAACCAGUGUUGUACUUAGAGUGAUGCACAUUCUUGAGGAACAAGUAUGUCAACAUCCUCUUUAUUCUGACCAGCACAGCAUUAAUAUGUCAUAAAAAUUGACUUACCGCUGUACCUCAGAUGGUUUUAUUUCAGAGCUCAACAUUUUCUGACCAGGUGUAUUACAUGAUAUGUAGGUACAUCAUUGGGAAUAUACUUUAUGGCUCAGUGGGAAUGAACUAUAUUACACA